GGUCUUUUGCAUUCAGUUUGCGACUGUUGAGGCAGGCUGCUCCUUUUCUCAGCCGUGCAUUGCAGACCAGCAACUCAACACACGCGCUCUACACCACCUAACUCAGUGUAAAACUGAACCUUUGGUAACAAGUGAAGCUCGCUGACUUUUAAACUGAACCGUUAACUCUCCAAAAACAGUUCACAUUCUGUUUCGAGAUGUUCGCAGUUUCAGAUUUUAUCUUGUGAGCCUCUCACAUGAAAAUGAUCAAUCAUUCCCUGUGGGCAUAAUAAUUGUCAGGAGGACCAAUUUCAGAACUUGUGCAAUCACCUGAUUAAAACCCCUUCGAAAGUUCUCCUAGAUGUAAAGUUUAACAACAACCGCGCACUUUGCCAGAUUUCAGGCAUCGGUUGCUGCUAUUCUUUUGAUAAUAUCGGAGUUUUGUGAAGGACUAGACUUUAGGAAGGACGCAUAGUGCUAGUGAUAUGAACGCUGUGGCAAGUAUGUACGACUUUACAGGCCGGGCGGGACCAUUUGGCGUGGCUCUGAUGGACACGGCACGGGGGAAUCCGCUCCUUUUGCCCGCGGCCUACCCAGGCUCGCUCCCGGUCGGGCUAACGAGGCAAUCCACCGCGGCACAGCGGACAUCGCCGCCGUCAGCUCCCCUACUCCUCCCCGUAUCGUCAGCCGGCGCAGCCACGGCAAAAAAGACCGGGUUUUCCAUCGAGGACAUCUUGCAACACUCGCCGUCCGCGGAGCAGGGAGUGAGCAGCAGCGGGGACGGGAGGAAAGGUCGACGGGAGAACGCGCAAAAACACGGCGGGACAUCGACAUCAGACGCGGCCAAGUGCAUUCUAUCUUCCAGGUUACUUCAAACAUCGGCAGCCAGAACGUUCUUUCGUCUUAAUGAUCCACUCCACCACCAUUUCAGCCCUAACGUCUACCACAACCACCACCACCACCACCACUCCCUGAGUGCGACCGGGGGAGUCUACGGCUCCGCGCCCGGUCACCACCCGGCGUCUCUCUCGCACCUCGGCGUGCCCGUGCCCGUGCCGGUCUACCUGCGGGGCAAGUCGCCGGGUGGCGCGCCGCACGACCCGGCCGCCGGCGCCUCCCCGGGCCGCUCGGCCAAGAAGUGCCGCCGGAGCCGCACCGUGUUCACGGAGCUGCAGCUCAUGGGGCUGGAGAAGCGCUUCGAGCGGCAGAAGUACCUCUCGACCCCGGACCGACUCGAGUUGGCGGACACGCUGGGCCUGAGCCAGUUACAAGUCAAGACGUGGUACCAGAAUCGGAGGAUGAAGUGGAAAAAACAGGUUCUUCAAGGUGGUAGCCAAGAGGCGCCCACAAAGCCCAAAGGUCGACCCAAGAAGAGCGAUUUCCACGAAGCCGUGACGUCACCGUCCUCCCUGACGUCACCGCCCUCGUCACCGCCUGCGUCGCCCGCAUCGUCGUGCUACAGCCAAUCAUCGUCGAGUGACUUCCCCGAUGGCGCGCAUGCGCAGAUCGAGGAAGCCCUCACGCAAUCAGCAACCUCAUGAAGAUAAGAUGAAGUAUUCACAGCGUAAUCGUUUCUGAGGAGCUCAUAUUUAUAAGCAGAAAGAUAACUUUUUACUCACAGAAAAUCAUAAAUGCUAAGAUAAUGCGUCAAAUCCAAUUAAAAUAGGAAUAUGUGACUAAACUUUAUAGUUGGUUGUGCCUAUGUUAGCAUUAAUCAACUGAGUCUAGUCUGUUUGAUAGACACGAUUCCUUGUUAGGUUCAGCCAUCAUAUCAACAUCACGAGACUGGUGUCACGUGACAAAUUAAGCUCGGAUUAGAAAACUCUCAACACGUUAGGUGGCAACACUUUCCAUUUUUAUUGAAGUCAUCAACAAAAUUGCGCAAGCUCAGAGUAAAAACUUAGCCAAAAAACUAAUAAUAAAUAAAACAGCAUUUCUUUGCCAAAAAAAUACAUAUACCACUCCUCACGUUUGUAGCUCUACUUACUUAAAAUUUGAUUAAAUUAAUACCUGUCCGGCCUAGGCCAAGGCAAUUGUAAAUAUUUUAAAUGUAUAAAUUAUGGACACGUUGUUGUAGAAGGUUUCGGAAUGGUCAAUGCACUGUGUUUUUUCCUGUACUUAAUUGUUACCUAUUUUUUUACUCAUUUUGUAAAGUAGUGUGAUAGAAAGAACCUAUUCAAUUUCAUUGCUUGGAGUCCUUGGCCAUUUCGCAAACUCUGGCUUCGUUUCCAGCUGCACCUUUAUAUCUGUCCUGAGAACAAUUGAAUGGCAAAACUCCGUUGCAAUGAAUUAUACUUAUGAAAUCUUAAAAGACAGUGAGCGGUUUACAGUAAAACUUGAGAAUGAAGCCUAGGUUUACGAAAUGGCCAGCCUAAUUAUUUGGUCAGUUCGGAGAAGUAUUGUGUGCAACAAUAAAGCAUAGUUUGCGCAAUCGCAGAGGACCAAUAGAACUAAGACAUGCGCAGAUGCUGUGCCAUGCGUCGUGACCUGCCACACAGAAGUAUGUCAGGCCCCCUCUAUUAGAUUAAACUACAGUAUUAACAGUUAUUGGCUGACCAAAUUGAAUUAUUUGUCCUCGCCAUGACAACUGUAUUAGGCCUUCAAUGUGACAUGUUUUCAUAGUAAAAAAAAUCUUGAGAAACACGACAAAGCAAACGUUGUAAGGCUGAGCCUAGAGUUUAGAAACUUAUAUCCAAAAGAUUCAGAAUUGCUAUUCUUUUUAAAGUAUUUCAUGCAUCAGUGCAAGUCUACACAACGGGCCUGUGAUUUAGCCCAUUCGUUAGCGUUAGGGGUAACCCUAUAGGAUAGCACUGCCCAACACACAAGUGGCAGUCAGCCAGAGUACAAGACAUAAUGUGCAAAGAGAAUUAUAGCCCAGCCCUGUGGGACCCUCAUAAACGCUUCCCAACCACGAGAUAUUAUUUAUAGCAUUUAAAUGAAAGGGCAGGUGUUAUAGAGAUGUUGGUCGGGAAAUAGGUACGCGCGAUAAUUGUUGAAUAAAAAACAAUUAAAACAAGUGUUCCUUUUUUCUAAUUGUACCUGUCGCAAAAUCCUUUUUUUUUUUAGUGUAUCUUCAUCUCAACUAUUAACCAUACGUACUUCACACGGUAUAGCAUAGCACGAAUGGAACCGGAAGUUAACGCACUUUGAGGUUUAGACAAUGGGCGCUAGUAAU